CUUGUCGCAUCACUGUGAAACCGCUACUUCAGCUACUUCUUUUAUUUAACUCAUCUCUCUCUCUCUCUCUCUCUCUCUCUCUCUCUCAAUCCACAGAAUCAAAAACCCUAGUUCCAAUGGGGAGGAGCAAGAUCUCCGAAAAGAUAUCCGAAAUGAAUCUACGGCCAGCAGCCGCUGAUGAAACCGGCGAAGGUUUACCAUACGCGCCGGAAAAUUUUCCGGAGCCAGGUGAUACCUGGGGAUGGAAAUCAGGGAAGAGACUUCAAACCAACGGAUUAUGCUUUCAGGAUCGGUACCUUUAUUUACCACUCCGAUUGAGUCAGACGGAGGAGAAUGGAGGAUCUAAACGCAAACAACGCCACAUCUUUGCCAGCAAGCUCUCCGUUGAACGUUACAUUAAGACCACUUUUCCGGACGCUGAUGUGAAUAAGUUUUUCGCUUCUUUCACUUGGAGGAUUCCGGCAGCUCAGCCUUCUACCAACGGAGGCAAUGUGGUUCCGAUAGCUGCUGUGCCUCUUCAACAGAUACCACAGUCAGGAGGAGAUUAUGACUCCGAAGACUGCAGGGCUAAUACUCUGCGGUGUAAAGCGGGGAAUCAAAUGUGCGACAGCCUGAACUUUGGAAUGACGAUAAAAUAUUCUCCAGUCAUGUCUUGUGAUAUAUGUUGUUCUGAGUCUGGGUUUUGCCGUGAUUGUUCCUGCAUUCUUUGUUGCAAAACUGUUAGCACUGCUCAUGGCGGAUAUAGUUAUAUUAAGUGCCCAAUGAAUACUGGUGCGGGAGUAUGUGGCCAUGUUGCUCAUCUGGAAUGUGCUCUGAGGUCUUCUUUGGCUGGUACGGUUGGGAAAAGUAUUGGUUUAGAUGCUGAGUACCAUUGCCGAAGAUGUGAUGGGAGAACUGAUCUUGUCUCUCAUGUUGAAAGAUUUGUUCAAAUAUGUAAAAGUAUCACUGUUGAUUUGGAUGAUGAGAUUAAGAAGAAGGUUUUAGACCUUGGUGCUUGUCUCUUGCGCGGUUCAACUAAGCCUGCCGCAAAGAAGCUUCUGAAUAGUGUUGAAUUGGCCAUCUCAAAGCUCAAAUGUGUAACCAAUGGUGAAAAUAUGAAGAAGAGGAAGAGAGAUGACAGUCCUAUGGCUCAUUCUGAAGGCUUACCACAUCGCAGCAUUGAUCCAAUGGAAGUAACAAUGAAUGAAAUCCGUUCAGAUGCUAGUUUAAGGGAGGAAUUUAAUGACUAUCAUACCCGCUCUUUGAAACUUCAAGCUGAGAUUGAUGAAGUUCUGGUGGGUCUUAGAAACUCGCAAGAGCUUGAAUAUAUGGUGGCAAAAGAAAAACUCAAGGCACAAAAGUUGAAUUUGCAGAACUUGUAUGAGCAGCUAGACAAAGUAGUGUCUGAACUGGAAUGCCCUAACUUAGCUCAGUCAGAGCCCUUGUACCGUGCUAUCAGGGAAAAGAAGGAACAGAUCAGACGAGAAAUGGUGAAAUUUGAAGAUAUGAAAAAGGUGGCAAGUGGUUUUGGUAUGACUUCAAAAGUUAUUUUAAAGGAACACUUUGGUUUACAAAUGGCAGAUUAAUUAGGAUUCACUUUGGAAUAGCUUCUGCUUCAUAGAAACUUUUCAUAAGUUUAGUGAAGUUUAAAAAGAAAACUAGUAGAUGAUGUUCAGAUAGAAACUUCUCAUAAAUUAUUUCUGCAAUAAGCAGGUGUCUAAAAUGCUUACUCUCAAAGUUGUGUUUGACUCUUAAGUUAACUCUUACGAGUUUAAAAUAACUGCAUGUAAAUUCUCAUUUGGCACACUCUCGAGAGUUUAAGUAAAUUCCGGUAAAAUCCGGAAACUUUUGAUUUUA